AUGCGCGUCUGUCAAUUUUUAGCGCUUUUCGUGAAAAGUUGAGCUCGAAGUGUGCGAGAGAGCGACUGCGAGUUAGAAAAAAGACGAAACAAGCAAGCAUCGAGAAGUGUGUCCGCAACCAUUUUUUCUGGAUCAAAAAACCAAGUGCUCCUGUGCAGGAACGGACAAGGAAUUAGUUCAGUGCGUUAUAAUUUAUCUACCAUUGUCGGUGUAAUCAGUCUAGACGUGUGACGGAAUUUCACGUGCGUGUGUGUGUGUGUGGCUGUGUGUGCAUCAUUUGCGUUCGUUCUUUCCGUGUGCCCGCGUUUGUGUGUUUGUACGUGGAGCGCGUGAGUCGCCCCCGUGCUGAAAGCGAAAAAAGGCAUCCCAAAAGAAAUCACAUCACUCCUGUAUUCGGGGCAGCGGCAGUAACACAGUUGCUCGUUUUGGAAUACGCCGUCCACCUUUACCCGAUUCACCAAUGAUGCAUAUAGUGCAAAUCCUUGAGAAAACCGUCUCACCAGACCAAGAUGAAUUGCUCGCAGCGAAAAACUUUCUGGAACAGGCGGCUUCCACAAACUUACCAGACUUCCUGCGAGCGCUUUCCGAUGUGCUGGUGUAUCCCGGUAAUUCAACGGUCGCUCGUAUGGCGGCCGGUCUGCAGCUAAAGAACCACCUAACUAGCAAGGAUCAAACGAUCAAGCAACAGUAUCAGGAACGAUGGAGAUCAUUCUCGGAGGAUGUGAAAGAGUACAUCAGAAAAAAUAUCCUUGGUACACUCGGAACGGAAGAAUCCCGCCCAUCGUCAGCAGCCCAAUGUGUUGCGUAUGUUGCCGUCGCCGAUCUACCCGUCCACCAGUGGCCCGACUUGAUGCAGAAACUCGUCGACAACGUGGUGAACGAAAAAUCGACAGAAGCGCUGCGUGAGUCAACCCUCGAAGCGAUCGGGUACAUUUGCCAGGACAUCAACUCGGAAAUUCUGGAACACCAGUCAAACCAGAUCCUUACCGCCAUCAUACACGGUAUGCGCAAGUCGGAACCCUCCAACCAUGUACGGUUGGCGGCCACGAAUGCGCUGCACAACUCUCUCGAAUUCACAAAGGCCAACUUCGAGGAGACGGCCGAGCGAAACUAUAUCAUGGAGGUGGUGUGCGAGGCGACGCAGUCGACCGAUACGCAGAUCUGUGUCGCUGCCCUCCAGUGCCUGGUGCGUAUUCUGACGCUUUACUACCAGCACAUGGAAGCGUACAUGGCGCAGGCCCUCUUCCCGAUCACGCUCGAGGCAAUGAAGUCGGAUAACGAACAGAUCGCACUGCAGGGCAUCGAGUUUUGGUCGAACGUCAGUGACGAGGAGAUCGAUCUAGCGAUCGAAGCGCAGGAGGCGGCCGAAACUGGACGUCUGCCGAACCGUGUUUCCAAGUACUACGCCCGCGGCGCUUUGCAGUAUCUUGUGCCGGUGUUGAUGGAGAAGCUGACGCAUCAGGAAGAGUUUGACGACGAGGAUGACUGGAACCCGGCCAAAUCGGCGGGCGUAUGUCUGAUGCUGCUUGCAACCUGCUGCGGCGAAGAGAUCGUUCCGCACGUGUUGCCGUUCGUGAACGCAAACAUCAAGUCCACCAACUGGCGUUUCCGGGACGCGGCCGUCAUGGUGUUCGGGUCGAUACUGAGUGCGCUGGAGACGGAUCGAUUGAAACCGAUGCUGGAACAGGCGAUGCCGACACUGAUUGAGCUCAUGUAUGACGAAAGUGUAAUCGUGCGCGAUACCUGCGCCUGGACCUUUGGGCGCAUCUGUGAGGUUAUCCCGGAGGUUGCAAUCAAGGAAAUGUAUCUUGAACCGUUGCUGAAGGCGCUGCUGGACGGUCUAAAGGCUGAACCGCGCGUGGCAACAAACGUGUGCUGGGCGUUCACUGGCCUUUCGGAUGCCGCCUAUGAGGCCGUCAACAUCGACGAUGAUCCACCGCAAACUUACUGUCUGUCGAAGUACUUUGAUUUCAUCAUCACCAGCCUGCUAGAAGCGACCGACCGGCCAGACGGUGGUCAGGGCAAUCUGCGCUCUUCCGCCUAUGAGGCAUUGAUGGAGAUGGUCAAAAACUCACCGCUCGAUUGCUACGUCUCGGUGCAGCGUACUACGAUGGUUAUUCUGGAGCGCAUCAAUCACGUGUUGCAGAUGGAAUCACACAUUUCCUCGCACAGCGAUCGGCAUCAGUUCAAUGAUUUGCAGUCGUUGCUGUGUGCCUCGCUCCAGUCGGUUCUGCGCAAGGUAGACGCGAAGGACGCGCCGCAAAUUUCGGACGCCAUCAUGGUCGCGCUGCUCACGAUGUUCAGUUCCAGCUCGGGCAAAGUGUGUGGCGUGCAGGAGGAUGCUUUAAUGGCUGUUUCGACGUUGGUCGAUCUGCUCGGCGAGGACUUUAUCAAGUACAUGGAUGCAUUCAAGGAAUACCUGUACAUGGGUCUGAAGAGCCAACAGGAAUAUCAGGUGUGCUGUACGGCCGUUGGUCUUGCCGGGGACAUUUGCCGGGGCUUGAAGAGUAAGAUUUUACCGUACUGCGAUGAGAUCAUGACGCUGUUGCUCCAGAACCUGAGCAAUCCGAAUCUACACCGCAACGUGAAGCCACAAAUCCUAACCGUCUUCGGUGACAUGGCGCUGGGCAUUGGUCCUGACUUUAAAAAGUAUCUGAAUGUGGUGUUGCCGAUGCUGACAGCCGCCACGCAGGUGCAGAUUGACCAGCACGACUACGAUAUGAUCGACUACUUGAACGAACUGCGCGAGAGCGUGCUUGAGGCGUACACUGGUAUUGUGCAAGGGCUGAAAGGAUCCGAUAAAACACCGCUCGAGGAUGUGAACGCACUCCUGCCGCACGUACCAUUCAUCAUUAGCUACAUCAUCUCGAUCGCCAAGGACUCUGAACUAUCCGAUGGAAAUAUUGCAAUCGCCGCCGGACUCAUCGGCGAUAUGUGUGGCGCUUUCGGACCGAUGAUGCUGCAAUUUGUAGAAGACUCGAGCAUUACGGAGCUGCUGAAUGAUGGCAAAAAUUCUCGCACCGCCCGCACGAAAACGCUUGCCACCUGGGCACUGAAGGAGAUCAAACGGUUGAAGAAUCUGCCGGUAAACACGAGUUGGAAAUAGUGAUACAGGAGAUGAUGAUGUUCCAGACAAUGUGUGCGAACGCUAUUUCGGUGCGCGGAUGUCCUAUCGCCUGCGUGCACAGUGCUAAGCAAUGAAUCAAGAGAGAACAAGAGCCCUCUAGGUUGUGUCUGGAUGUUAAUACUUCUUUUUACCAAAUGUGAAUCGAUCGAUUGUCGCAUCGUCUCACUGCAUCGAUUGUGGAAGUCUGGCCCACAAGACGGAUCAUUAGAAUAAUCCAGCAAGAUUCGGACUCAGCAUUAAUGGCAACACAAUAAGCUACGCCAACAGUAGCGGCGCUACACCUACGACCACCGUUCCGGCCACUUAAAUAUGUACUGCUCGCUCACACAUCCUGUAGACACUUUUACUACUACUACUACUACUACAACUACCAUCGCUCCAUCGUGAUCCGUGUGCUGCUCCUGAUGAUGAUGAUGAUAAAAUCAGAGUUCAGUGUUAUAUUGUCAUUUUUGCUCCCGAUCUUGGUGCGCUUCGCCCCCUUCGACCCAUCGCCACUCCUCAGCUGAAGCAGCAGAACGAACAUCGCAAACCAACCAUCGGAUGAAAAGCAACUGAACACAUUCAAAUCUCGCAUGUAUAUUAUCGUUGGAAGGAAGCUGCGCCUUAUUUCGGCUCUAGACGCGUGCAUGGCACACUCUGCUGGACAGGUCCAAGGCACACCGUUUGUAGCGAAUUGGAAAACGCUUCGCUGUGCUACUGAACAUCAUCAUCGUCAUCUUUGCUUCGGAUUCGAUUUCAUCUACACGCCGGUUGCACACAAACGCAUCAAUUAAAAUGUUGGCAUAUAGAUGGAAACCGGAAUUCGAAACGGAACGCUAGGCAAGCUAUAUCUGUGUGUUAAUAGUAUCUACACUAUAGGAAAGGAGUAAAUCAAUUAUCAGAUACCAUUACACUCGUAGUAUGUAGCUCAAGAAAAGACACAGAAAAAAAAAACAAAAAAAAAAGGGUAAAGUCAUGCAAGUUUAGUAAUGGUGUGUUGUGUGAACCUCUGCUGUUGUGUGGUACGAAACAGGAUCGAAUGAUCGCGAAUUAGAAUGAGUGUAUGUGUGUGUAGCACUUGAAAACGGCGAGAAAAUGAUAGAUCAAGGAUGGUCGAGUCGGUAUAGAAGCAGCAUGUGUAUGAUGAUGCCAAGGUAUGUGACGAGUGUUGUACCAUUUCCUGAUCUUUCUGCGUGCUUGUGUGUGUGUGUGUGUAAAAAGCGUGUAAUUUGUAUGGAAGUUUCUGCGUAUGGAUGGAUGGAUGUGUCGCGGCAUAAAUAUCCGUUACUGUGUGAAGAUACUUCAUAUGAGCGUGAAAUGCUGAGAAUUUAGCUGGGCGAAAGCUGAACGAGAUUUGUGGUAGAGGAGACGUGUCAUUUACACAGCAAUCGCACCCUUGUUUCUGGACAUAUUUUAAUGUGUCAGCUGUUGGCUGCAUCUAACCCUCUAAGAAUGUGCGUUCUAUGUUGAUUGAAUUAUGGAAGGCUCAAAUCGCUACUGGUCCGUAUGAUCAGAGUAGUUAUGGGCAAUUCAAGUCACGGUAAUCAUUUAUGAGUUACGUACCGAUAAAUCACUCUUGGUAAGUCAAGUCAGCCGCCUGCAAAAACUGCGACUGGGCAGGAUUUUCGUGUUGUUAUUAAUUUAUUUGAAAAUCAUGAAUAUGCGAUUUUAUAUCAAAAUUUUGAAGAUGCGCAAUAAUGCGCCACAAUUGCUGGUAAAAUAUGUUAAGAAAUGGAGGUGCGUUUGUUUGAGUUUUGAACCCUCUCUCUUGUAUGUGUUAUACUGAUACUAAAGAAUUGAAAAUGUGAACAUUUUGAACGAAUGUGAGAAAAUUAAUAGCAGCGCGGGUGGGUAUGUUAGCAGAGCGUGGUUUGGGUGCAUUUCAGAGCGAUUGACUGGAGCAAUCCGGAAUCAUGAUCGUCAAAUCGAAUGAACGUGAUAUUUAGUACGUUUUACAACUGAGUGAGAUGAUGGAUGGUGGUGUGAUUGUUGUGUUACUAUUGUAUGUAUGAUGUGUGCGUAAGUUAGAUUUUUGUAUGAACCAACCGUGUAUGUCUGAGGGGUAAUUUAAAUCGAUUCGAAACCAUAAAUAAAGCUCCGGUGAACUCAACCAUUUUCUCAAUAAAAUGCAUGAAUGCGGGUGUAAGAGGAGAUUGUGUGUAUGUAAUUGGCUAGUGAAUGUUUCCCGGCAAAAGUUAUCGACCUUAUGAUGGGGUUUUAUUUUAUUUGAAACGAUGUUGUUUUGUUACACCCGACUAUCCGCGUUUACAGGGAGCAUUCGCAAAAGCAAUGCUUGACAGAAUGAGCUCAUUGCGCAACAUCGCUAUGCGUUCCGCUUAUGGUGAUUAAUUGCUUUGGUGCAACAUCAAAAAAGUUGCUUCAGACGCUGUAAUUUGAUGUGUAAUUUAAGUAUAAAAUGCUUGCCAAACAAUGACAGUGUUAUACAAAAAUUCUCUUCGACAUUAUUAUUGUGAUUUUGUGCUGUACGAAAACUAAUCUCCUUAACAACACAGCAUUUUGAAAAUCGCAUUAUUUAUGGAUCGGGUAGCAGCGGUUUUAAUGUUUCAUUUACUUACAAGGCAACUAGAACAAAUUGGUAACCGCAAAUCGUUCACCUAGAUAAUGCGAAGGAUAAAUUACAUAUUUUGUAGCUUAUCGUUGUGCAUGGAAGAAUUGAAACGUUCCAUGGAACUCAAUGUAUGAAAUCUGUUAGUCUAAAGUAUGAAAAGCAGUAAAUGUAUGUUUUCUUUUAAUCCUUUUGUAUGUCAACAGGAUUGAUUUUCUUCCAUUUGGGCAUAGCUAUGAAAAUCAAAUAGGGCGUGAAAGAAAUUUUAAAAUAACGAUGGUCAACAGUAGCACUGUAGAUAACAAUCGAUUGCGGUAGAUCAAGAGAGUUAACGCUAAAUCAACUAGAAAGAAGAUAUAUUCAAUGCGAAAUGAGCUUUACAAAAUUUCUUCCCCGCAUUGGCAUAUAUGGACACGAGGGGUGGGAGAUGCGUGAAUGAAUGAGACUGUGUGCGCCAUGGUGAAUUAGUGUUUCAUUUUGCCAAAAUGAAACUGUGUGCUCGAGCUGUAGAAAGUUUUGUGCACAAAAAACGCAAAACAGCAACAACUAUAUCAUUAGUAGAUAGUGUGUCAUGUAAUGUGAAACGAUACAAUAAUAGCGCAAGAACGAAAAAUAAUUGAAUUUAAAUGCGCCCACCCGCAAUGAUGGGCGUCAAGAUUAGUAAGGAAGGGGAAGAGAGUCGGAAUCUCUUGAAUCGGAACAAAACAGCGAGGCAAGAAAGUGUGAUGAAACAAAUUUUCAAGCAGGAAGAGAACGGAGAAGUCGGUGUACCGAAAUACACAGAACACAAACAAAAUUACUGAAUAUACUAGUUUACACGAACAAAAACGAAACGUAAAAUACACUUAGUAGGGAAAUUGUAACGCAACUGACAUACAACAUAUUACUCUAGCAACUGAUCCCAUUAUCAUGAAAGCUGCAAAUGACGCACGCAGGGACAUUGUUUUGGGAAAUGCAGUUGUUGUGCACCACUGCAUGCAGCACAUCUGUUCGUAAUGGACUGUUCUCAAUUGCUUCAACCAGAGGCGGGGCGGUUAAACCGACCCCUGUGCGACUUAUGGUGAACAGCACGACCUAUUUGAACCAACGGACGGGACGGCACACCGUUCAACCGGACUUAGAGCGGGAAACGGUAUUUUAAAUGUAAUGUUUUUUACUUGUGUUUUAGCUCAAUGCAAAUGCAAACUAAUAAUUACUGUGAUGAUGGCGGGAGAGGGGUGGGUGUAUAGAAGUGAAACUAAUCAAGGAAAAAUCAAAAAGCAAACAUCGCGGCACUACGAUCCGGCGACGAUACCGUUGGUGUGUACAUUCGCGACAUCCAGACAUCAGGGCAUCAAUUCUUGUUUCUGAAUUGUGAUAAUCAAGUGGAGUUAAAAACUAAACAAACAGCAAUAGAAGUCAGCAAACAAUACUGUGUUUAGGCGACGAUAAACCUUUUAAAAUAAGAAAGGGGUCACAGGUAAAAUCGAACGUGUAGCAAUGCACUAUUCUCUUACUGCGACAGUAAUUACUCAGGUACCAAAUAUACGGACAAACUCAUACACAAACACACACACACACACACAAAGUCUAAGGGCAGGGAUGAGAGUUGUAGCUAACUUACGAAGCAGAUGGAGGAUGAAUUUACUACAUACAUAAAUACCGUACUAACAUUUAUACAAUUAUAAGAAGACAUACACCUUCUCUGGGUAAUAAUACAGAGAUAAACAAAACAAUUUUACCCCAAAACACACACACACUCAUCCAGGGAAUGAUGAAAAUAAUAAUGCUGAUAGUAGGAAAACAAAUUGGAUUCGCAAGUAUCAUCCCAAAUCAACGAUAAACGGACGACUUUAGUAUAUAGUAGUAGGGCACGGACACUACUUCGAUUGAUUACGGGACAAUUACGGGAAGAUAAAAAAUGUGUAGGAUACGAAUUUGAAAAAAUAUUAAUUUUUCUUGUCUCGUGUUUUGUUUGCUAUUACGAAAUUAGAAAAACAAACAAGUUUUACAAACAAGUAAUAUAGGGAAGCAUCGGAAAGUGAAGUUAUUGUAUUGUAGGGAGAGGUAUUACUUUGUCACUGACAACAGAGAACGACGAGCGCAUAUGAAUUGAAUGCGGGGUAAUUCCGCUAAACGACUCACACUACUGAAUUCUUCCAACAGACUGACCGCCAUUUUUGUGCUAAAACUUGAGGGAAAAUUAAACUCGUAGAAAAUAUACAUACUCACGACAACACUCUGACCUUUAUCACACAGACCGGUUAAAUAUGAACAAAUUGGGAAGAAAUUUGUUGAGCUAAUCUCAACAGUUCAUUUCGAAGGGGUUCACCCGAUCUUGCUCCGAAUCGGGCAAUGUAUGCGAAUAGCCUAACCAUUAGGCGUGAACAAAAUUGUAGGAUUGAUCACACAACACACCUACAAGAGAAUGUUGCAAUCUCUACAGCACAUAAAAAAAAAAAAACGAAAUCAAACACAAAACCCAACUGGAAGAACUUUACAAAAGCGCACAGUGAACGACGAACAUUCAAUAACAAUAUCAACAACACACGUGAACUGAACACACGGAAGCAGGACGGUGGUAGAAACUGGAGAAGGCAGAAUGGUAAUCUAAAAGAUGUAAAAUUUUUCAUUCUUGCUAAUAUUGUUGUAUCGAAGAUGUGACGAAUUUGAGACGAAUGAAUGAGAGCGAUAGGAUGAACGCGUGAGUAUAUAGGAUAAGUGUGUGGCUGCAUAUGCGCGGUUGCAAAGGACCGGUGUGCUUGUGGUGUCAGUGUGAAAGUGUGCGAAAAUAUGUAUUUCUGUAGCUUUAAGUUACGUAUGAUCGAGACUUAAUGAGCGUACAUUAGUGCGAUUCCGAUUGCAAACACGAAUGUAUGUGUGCAUGUGAGAGUGGGACAUUGAAAACGUUGCAUUAGUAAGGAAACGAUUAAUUUGUACACAGCAAGGAGCAACUCGUAAUCUGGCGGUAAGAGUGGUGUAAUUGACUGUUGUUAAAACGCCUCCCCGUAGGGUUUAUUACCUUGCUUUGCUACGGGUAAAAUCAAGUCACAGAAAGGAUGAAGAAAUUUUAUUAUCAGCAACAUUUCAUGUUUCUUUAAUUUUGAAUGUGGUUUACGUCAGUCGAUUGCUAAACACACGUUAGAUUUCCUUCUGCAAUCUCACGUACAUUAUGUUCGAAGUGCUAUGCUAAAAGGAGGGGUAUAUUCGAUAAAGCAGACUGAUUUUCGGCCAUCCACACAAUUUUGUGUGAUCGCCAAGCUCUGUACAAUACUGUGGCGAAUGCUGUGAAAAUUUGAUCCUCUGGGGUCAGAACAUCAAUUUAAACGUGCGAAGAAUACCCUUAACAUCUUACUAUCUAUGUCUAAGCUGAAGCACUGCAUGUCCAUGUCUCACUCCAUAAGAGAACACCUUCUGUCCUACAAUUUCUGAGAAUGAGCUGCUGACGCAUCCUUUUUUAAACCCGUCUUUCUGGUAUCGUGCGCGUCUCGUCGACAGAAGAAACUCCCAACAGACCCCUCAGCAUUGAUCGAUAGAAGUGCACUAAAAUUCGCGAACGUCCCAAUGUUGGACGUUUUCUUUUUCCGCAAUCACCACAUCUUUAUCUUUGUUCUACAAUUGUUUCUUCAAGUGCUCAAAUGUUGAGGAUGACGAAGAUCUUCUUAUGGAUCUUCAAUCAACAUUCGCCAUAAGUAAAAAGUUACGUACAGAACAUUUUCAUUUGAUUGAAAUUGAUCUUGUUGUUCUUUUCGCUUUCUAUUAUUGUUCUAUUAUUUGUCCCUUAUUUAACAUAAUCACUACUACAUGCAUGAGUGCGCAUCAGGAAUCAAAUCAUGCUGACUGGUUUUCGUUGUCGAUCGGAUUAUGUUUGCGACGAAUGGGUAUACUAGUCUCUUGUAAUUAGAAUGAAUGUGAAACAGUAAAUACUGCAUUGCGUUUGCAUGUGCAUCCUACGUAGCGUGCACAUAAGAGUUAAUGUAUGGAUCGCGAUCUACACGGGUGUGAGUGGUGUGUGUGAGAGAGAAAAACGAGAUAAUUGCGUAAAACUAUGUAAGUAAAGCUAAUGUGCGAUAUGAUCGUGUAUAGGUGACCGCGAGUGUGUAAAUGCGAACCUUUUCAGAGGACUUCUUUUGCUCCGAGACGAGGAAACAGAUCACUAGAUAAACAGAACAGCAUCAACACAAAGGACACUGACGCAAGACGGCAGAUUGCACGGGUCAAAAAAUGUGGCCAUAUACCAAUCUCUACACUAAUACAUGCUGACGGGAGUGAACUAUUAUUAAACUCUGGCACAAAGCAAGCUGAUGAGGAAGAGAUCGUCGCGUCAUGCAAAUAUCAUAUAUAGGCGCGUAUGAUCGAGUUUGAGACUGACCAAAAUAAAGGAAAGGGAGACUAAAAAGGGGGUGGUAGCGGGAGAACACAAACACACGCUUACGAAACAUAUACAAAAA